UAGAAGUUGGUUACCUGAUCCUCCUCUGUACCUGAGUGUCAUUGUUGCAGCUUUUAAUAACUGAAUAUCCAGACGACCUAUAAAGGUGCCUUUGAGGAAAGAACUGACAAGAGUCAGUAUUCCCAGCUCAAAAUGGGCAACAAGCAAACCAUUUUCACUCAAGAGCAACUGGAUGCAUAUCAGGACUGCACAUUUUUCACAAGGAAAGAAAUUCUGAGGCUGUUUUACAGGUACAGAGACCUGGCCCCACAGCUCGUCCCCCUUGACUACUCUGGCAGUCCAGCCGUGACCCUGCCCUACGAGCUCAUCGGCAGCAUGCCAGAGCUCAAGGACAACCCAUUCCGCCAGCGGAUAGCAGAGGUGUUCUCAGAGCACGGAGAUGGCAACAUGACUUUAGAUGAUUUUUUGGACAUGUUUUCUGUGCUAAGUGAAAUGGCUCCCAGAGACUUGAAAGCUUAUUACGCUUUUAAAAUUUAUGACUUCAACAAUGAUGAUUACAUAUGCAAAUCAGAUCUAGAGAAAACUGUUAACAAAUUAACACGAAAUGAACUGACCCCAGAAGAAGUCAGCCUUGUAUGUGAAAAGGUGAUUUAUGAGGCUGAUGUGGACAACGAUGGCAAGCUGUCCUUAGCAGACUUUCAGCAUAUGAUCAUCAGAGCUCCAGAUUUCCUCAGCACCUUUCAUAUUCGAAUCUGAAUCUAGCCAACCACGUGGACAGGAGCACUUCUGGGACUUUCAACAGCUAUUACUUCACCUGAGAUAACCAGCCACGAGAGCACAAGAUGAGAGGGACAAAGAGGACAACUCCUGGUAACAGAACCA